AUUAGAAUAGUGCUGUAUAUAUAUUUAAGAGAACAGAUUUAGUUUAUAUACAUUAAAGUGUAAUAAUGAAGACAUCGUUGUAUGUGGUGUUGGUAUUGUUACCUGUAUAUACAAGAUCUAUUGUCUUUCCAACUCAAGGCGAAGACCCUCUUAUUGCCGUACUGGAUAAGGAUAAAAAGGUCAGCUUCAUUAACCCCGCCGGUGGAAACAACACGCCUGUUUUGGAAACCAUUGCCUUGAUGAGUAGUGGGCGUGGUGCGUCGUCUGCUAUUGACUUUAAUUAUAAUGGAAAGUUAAUCUACUGGACAGACAUCGCUGCUCAUAAGGUGUAUAGUGUAAAAGUUGAUGGUGGUGAUGAAGAACAAAAGGUUGUACUAGAAGGUGACCUGGAUAAACCCGAAGGUCUGGCUUAUGAUUGGAUACAUAAUCAUUUAUAUAUUAGUGAUCGGAUGAAUGAUAAUAUCCUGGUAAUCAACCCCGAUACAGGAGCGAGGAAAACUUUAUUAAGUCAUGUGGGUUACCCACGAGAUAUAGAAGUCGAUCCUAGAACUGGGUGGUUAUAUUUGAUUGCUGGUGAUGAAGAAUCGGCCAAAUUGAUGAGGACUACUUUAGAUGGCAGGUACCAUGAGCUGAUAACUCGUGAACUAGAUUAUCCAAUCAGAUUAGCAUUAGAUUAUGACGAACAGAGAUUGUACUGGACUGAAGGUACCUUUAACAUGAUUAAAAGUAUUGGUGUUAAUGGAGAAAACCUGACCACCGUUUAUACACCAUAUUCUACAUGGGACUUUACACCUGUAGAUAUCACCAUAUCCGGGGAUUACUUGUAUUGGGUGCAGAAUAUGAGAAAACUCCUUCGUAUACCAAAACAUGGUGGCAGCGAAGUUACUCGAUAUGAGAACCUGGAACAAUAUGGCCGCUGGCAUAUAAGGCAACAUUCUCUUAUGGGAAUUUGUGCCAUUGAUCCACGAAAACAAGCAGAUAGCCCCAAUGUGUGUGGAACGAAUAAUGGUGGGUGUUCCCAUUUCUGUCUUCCGAGUCUGCUAUCUUCUAAUAGGUCACCCACCUGCACCUGCCCAGAUGGUCUGACCUUAACGGCUGAUAAAGCUACUUGUUCAGUUUAAACUUAGUUUCAAAUAACACGUAAAUGUAUCUUUUUGGACACCGCAGUAACAAAUAAAUAAGAUAUUUUGCAUAUUAA